UUUGACAAAAGGUAGCUGAAUUUCAAUCCUUCGUUGUCCCGUCUUGUUACUCAAUCUGCGCCUUCUAUUCCUCCAAUUCGAAUCCCUAGCUCCAAAUUAGGGCUUACUUCGAAGUAAACAGAAUUGUUCCUUUACUUGUUUUUCUGGAAAAGUUCUUUGAAGAGCAUGUCACGCGAAAGGGCCAGGCGUGUCUCACUUGCACCAUCUGACGAGACAAUUGAGAAGAUUAAGAAAGUUGCAGAGGAAGGAAACUUCUAUGGCGCUCAGCAAAUGUAUAAGUCUUUUGGUUGUAGGUAUGCUUCAGCCUACAGGUACUUAGAAGCCUUGGAUAUUUUUCACUCAGGUGCUUGCUUACAAUUAGCUAAUGGACAGGUUACAUGCGGUGCUGAGCUUGCCGUCUGUUUUGUGGAACAUCUUGUUAAAGGAAACAUCCCUUAUGGAGAUGACACUCUUGAUCGUAUCAGGCAAAUUUACAAGAAGUUUCCACGAAUAUCCGUACCACAAAAUUUGGAUCUGGGAGAUGAUGUUGAUAUGCAGCAACUUGCUGAAACUCUAGGAGCUGCAAAAACACGUGCUGAGGGUUGUUCAACAUUCUUAAGAGCUGCUAUCAAGUGGUCUACAGAAUUUGGAGGGCCAAGGAACGGAUCUCCUGAAAUUCAUGACAUGCUAGCUGAUUACCUAUAUACUGAGUCUCCUGAGUUGGAUAUGUCCAGAGUGACGUAUCAUUUUGUUCGAGGGAGGAACCCGAAGAAGUUUGCUUCAACUCUAGUCAAUUUCAUGGGCAAGUGUUAUCCAGGUGAAGACGAUCUUGCUGUUGCACGUGCAGUUCUGAUGUACUUAGCUCAAGGUAAUCUCAGAGAUGCUAUCGUCCUUAUGGAUGAAAUUAAGAAACAAGAGCAAUCUCAAGGAGUAAAUAUACCUCAGUCCGACCUAAUGCAGUUCACCAGUUUUCUUCUAGAAACGUUGCAGAGAGAUGCUUUGCCUCUUUUCAAUAUGUUGCUUGACCGUUACAGGCAAAGUAUAAGCAGGGAACGUCUCUUUAAUGAAUUGCUUGAUGAAAUUGCGGAGAAGUUUUAUGGAGUACAACGUAGAAAUUCCAUGCCAGGAGGAAUGUUUGGGGAAAUUUUCAAGAUGAUGGCAGGAGAAUAGUAACUUAUGGUAGAAUUGGUGCAAGUCAAUAUUACUCUAAAGUUGAACUUUAAUACGAUAAUUUUUUCUCGUUAUUGUUAUGAGCUCGUUUAGUUUGAAAGAUUAUAUCUCAUGAUUGAAUAGGUAUCAUGUUGGUUCA